AACUAAAUUAAGGGAACUCAUCUUACCAGCUGGAGUGCAGCUCUUAUUGCCUGCUGUCAUUCUACAACAUGACACUAACUUUAUGGGGUGAGGAUGCAAAAUAAUUCAAUCCAGAGAGAUUUAGUGAAGGAGUUUUGAAGGCAACAAAAGGGCAGCUUGCUUAUUUUCCAUUCGGUUGGGGACCCUGGAUUUGCCUUGGACAAAAUUUUGCCAUGUUAGAAGCAAAAAUGGCACCGGCUAUGAUUUUACUGCACUUCUCUUUGGAGCUUUCUCCAUUGUAUGCACAUGCUCCUCACACAAUCAUCGCUCUCCAACCACAAUAUGGUGCUCAGUUGAUUUUGCGGAAACUCUAGUCUCUAAAAGUUACAAUAUACUCUUCUUCAGAUAUCAAAAGACAAAAUCUUUUCUAUUUUACUUCUUUUCUUUCUUUUUCUCGGUGUUUUCUUGUUUCAAAUUUCUCUGCAGCAGCAGCUGCAGCUGAGUAUCUCUUCAAAACCUUCAGACAUUGCUGUUUCUUUCUUGGCUUUCUGGAGGCGAGGUUUCUUUAGUUCUGAUACUCUUACCACCUGCAUAGAAUUUUGAGAGUGAAAGGAAGAUCGCUGUUAAGAAAUACAGAGAUGGCAAGCACAUUACGUGAGGUUUCUAUAGUAGUAGGUGAUCUGGAGGUGCUCCAGAAGAACAUCCAAACUGGAUUUUCUCAUCGCUUGUGUCAGGAAGUUAGGACCCUCAAGCUGAACUUGAAAUUUCUGAAAACUUUUCUUAUGUUAGCCUACAGAAUUAAGUUGGCAAACAUGGAUAUCAGUUUGGAAUUUAAUGAUGUAAAGGAGGUGAGCCUUCAAAACUUUGUGUCUCGCAUUGAGGAUACUCUAAAGAAGCAUGGGAAAGACACUCGCUCAAUUCGUCAAAGCUCACAAAUAUCGUUUGCCCAUUUGAGAGGCCUGGAGAAGAGUUUCGCAACUGUGAUCAUUAGUUUGUGGGAUGACAUCAAGCCCUUUAUGCAAACAAUCAUCGAAGUUUAUAGUGGUUUGUUGGACUUCUGGUCAUGGGAUAGCAACUCUUGCAUGAGUGAUGACCAACUUGUGGGCUUCAUAGACUCUAUUUUACAGAAUCUACUUGAUCUUCUCAGCGGUCAGUAUUUCGAGUACAAGAAAGGUCAGAAAACUGCUUUCCAUGCACAAUUGGGUGAGAAUAAGUCCCUCGAAUGCAGUGAGAAUCAAGGCAGUGAGAAUGAGUCACUCGAAGGCAGUGAGGAUUUUGAGUCUACAGAAGGUGACAACACUGCUUUGCAGGCACAAAUUGAGGCCCUGAAACUUGAAGGUGGUGACAAUGAGGGCCUCGAAGGAAGUGAAGAUGAUGAAUGCAGUGAGGAACUAGAAAUAGAGUCCACAGAUGGUUACAACACUGCUUUGCACGCACAAAUUGAGGCCCUCCAAGACAAGCUAAUAUUCUUGAAAAAUUUAACCCGCUUUGCCAAGUCGCGAGGCGUUGAGCAAGGUAUAAUGGAAAAUCUGUUGACUCACUGUCGAAUUGCUGCUGUGUAUGCAGCAUUGUUCUCUUGCAGGUGUUUGUUUUACCAAGAAGAUGAACAAGUGCGCAGUCCUGAGAUGUGCUCAUUGAUUUCUGAUCUAGUACAGAAGAUUCAGCCUGUCAAUCCCCUAGUCUGUGAGAUCUAUAUCAAAGUCCUUAAACCUUCAAGAUCCUCAUCAUCCUCACGUGGUAAGAAAAUGGACAAGCGUAUAAUGCAAGACUUCAAUGAUUCUCUCAUAAGUAGCAUGUGGGACCUAUUAUGCAGUGGUACCAGCUUACCAGUUGCUGUGAAAGAUCAAAUGCAAACGCUCUACGCGGGACUGCGAUUCUUCAGAAGCAUUCUUAAGGAGCGGCGUCCGGAGAUUGAUGUGCUAAAUAAAAAAAUUGUAGCUGUUCUUGCUCAGGCAGGAAUUCUAAUCUGCUCGCUCUUUGUGGACAAAGUGCAGGACACAGAUUGUUGUGCUAAGUUAGCUGAUGCCAACAACAAUAUCAACCUUAUCAAGGCUCAGAUUAGCAGUUCAAGCUAGGCUUGAUUCAGGGUCAAGUUCAACUCACACUGUGUUGAGUUCAGUGUAAUUGUAAGCUAGCGUUUAUUCAACAUUUGUGAGCUACUUGUGAAAGCUGUAGCUGAGUUGCAAUUUUAUUUUGCGUGGUUGGUGGUAAUGUUGUUAAAUUAUAAAUGUUUGUUUUGUUUCCA